UUUUGACUCUUGCAGACUAGUUCUGGGUGCAGUGGGCCAUUUUCAUUCCAUUGAGAAGAAAUUUCGCACUCCCGCGAUAUGACGUCAUCUUACCAUGGCUCCUUCGAUCAGCCCGCCGGUGCCGGUGGCUUCUCCUACCCUCCGCUCUCCACGCAGCGGUUCGACACCUUCCCGAAUUUCGCAGAUUCCGAAUCCGGCAGUUAUCCCGCCGCUGGAGACGACUCGCCGUUCUUCGUUCCCCAACACGUUCCGUCUCCACCGCCAAUCUACUCCUCAGGAGGGGGAUUAGGCUCCGAUCCGGCUGAUUUCUCCACGCUCCAGGAUGAGAAGCCGUUCGACGAUGGUUUUCCGGCAUCCAAUGGCCCGAUUCUGCCCCCGCCAUCGGAAAUACAGGAGGAGGGUUUUGCUCUCAGGGAAUGGAGAAGACAAAAUGCUAUUCAACUAGAGGAGAAGGAGAAGAGGGAGAAAGCGUUGUUGGGCCAAAUCAUUGAUGAAGCUGAUUCCUAUAAAGUUCAGUUUUACAAGAAGAGACAACUUGCAAUGGAAGCAAACAAGGCUGCAUGCCUGGAGAAGGAGAGAUUAUUUAUUGCCAGACAUGAGAAGUUGCACGCUGAUGCGGACAAACACUAUUGGAAGGCGAUUGCAGAGCUAAUUCCUAAUGAAGUUCCAACUAUGGAAAAGAAAGGGAAAAAGAGUCAAGAAAAGAACCCUGCUGUUGCCAUUACUAUCAAAGGUCCGAAACCAGGGAAACCCACAGAGCUGUCAAGAAUGCGGCAGAUAGUAUUAAAGCUUAAACAUAACACACCUCCACACCUAAUGCUGGCACCACCCACCACCACCACCAAAGAUGCAAAAUCCGGUACUGCUUUGCCCAUUGCUAUCAACCCUAUCGCUGUUGCUUGAUUGCAGAAUUAUGUUUAAAAUACUUGAAAACAAUAUACGAGUGCAUCGUUUUUCAUUGUUUUGAACGGGUAUGAUUUCGGGUUGAGUUUAUGCCAUCUGUUAUUUAUAUAAAUGUCAGAAACUGGUUCUUGCAGAUUGUAUAAGAUGAUACUACGGGGUAAUAUAUUUCAUCUUAAGGUUUGGAAAAAUAAAAAAAAUACCCUGCCAUCUCUGCGGUAGUAAAGAGUUGACAAUAAUGUUUGGUAUACAUUACCAAACGUUUUAGUACAUUACGCGAUUGAUUGAGAAUGUUUCAGAGAAUUGUUUUCUCCUAGUUUUCCUUCUAAUGAAUACAUAUAUACUCACAUU